AUGCUUAAUAGUUCAUCUGGCUUUCACAGAGUUAAAACCUUCUUCUUCUUCUUAUCUCGUCCUUUUCAGCUGCUCAAAGAGGCUCGGUCGUUAGACAAUGUCGAUGUUAAAGUUGUGGAUUAUAAUGGGAAAAUGCCUUUCAAACUUCAAUUAGAACAAACUCAUAAUUCGGAUAUAUUCAUUGGAAUGCAUGGCAGUGGCUUAACUCAUCUGCUUUUCCUUCCCGAUUGGGCAGCGAUUAUGGAAAUAUACAAUUGUGAUGAUGCUGGCUGUUACUCAGAUCUCGCACGUUUACGAGGUGUCAAGUACUUCACAUGGCCGAAGUCGAAGGAACAUCUGAUUGAAGCUGAUAACAUCCAAAAUCAUCCGUCGUUGGGGAAACCGCAUAAGAAGUUUGCGAAUUAUCGCUUCAAUGCCGGAGAAUUUAAGAAGAAUCUUCAAAAGAUGGCUGAAUAUGUUCGACGUCAUCCUCAGUUUUUGGCUCAGCGGCGAUUACUUCGACGAUCCAAAAAAGGAGAGCUUUAG